GGACUUUGCAUUCCAUUCCUUCCUUCCGAGGAGUUUCUCCAGAAGAGCCUCCCUGGCCCUGGGCCGCUUCCACCUGCCUUCCCUGCCUUUGAGGAAGGGGUAGGUGGGGUUUGGGGGCCUCCGAAUGGAGAAUCCCGGCCCCUCCUCUGGCCCCAAAGCUGCUGCUGCGAGUGGAGUGUCCUUCCCAGGUUUCUCUUCCUACAACGGAGGUGGCAUGAAUGGAACCAGCAAGAUGAUGGAUUUCCUAGAGGAGCCGGUUCCGGGUGUGGGGACCUACGAGGACUUCAACACCAUCGACUGGGUGCGAGAGAAGUCCCGCGACCGAGACCGGCAUCGAGAGAUUACCAGCAGAAGCAAGGAGUCCACCUGGGCCCUGAUCCACAGCGUGAGCGAUGCCUUCUCUGGGUGGCUGCUGAUGCUGCUGAUAGGACUCUCCGCAGGGGCCUUGGCUGGCCUGAUUGACAUCUCUGCCCACUGGAUGACCGACCUGAAGGAAGGCGUUUGUCUAAACCGCUUCUGGUACAACCACGAACAUUGCUGCUGGAACUCCACCGAGGUCACCUUCCAGAACCGGGACAAGUGUCCUGAGUGGAGGACCUGGACUGAGCCAUGUCCCAUGUCCCCAUUUUUCCUCCUCCUCCUCCUUCCUCCCCAGGUGAGCUACUACUUCCCCCUGAAGACACUGUGGCGCUCCUUCUUCGCUGCCUUGGUGGCCGCCUUCACCCUGCGCUCCAUCAACCCCUUUGGCAACAGCCGCCUGGUACUCUUCUACGUGGAGUUCCACACGCCGUGGCACCUCCUGGAGCUGGUGCCCUUUGUGCUGCUGGGGAUCUUCGGGGGCCUUUGGGGGGCCUUCUUCAUCCGCAGCAACAUCGCCUGGUGCCGCCGGCGCAAGACCACUCGCUUGGGCCGCUUCCCCGUGACGGAGGUGAUGGCGGUCACGGCGCUGACGGCUCUGCUGGCCUUCCCCAACGAAUACACCCGCAUGAGCACCAGUGAGCUCAUCUCCGAGCUCUUCAAUGACUGCAGCCUUCUGGAUGCCUCCCAGCUCUGCGACUACAGCAACGACUACAACAGCACCAAAGGCGGCAACCUGCCCAACCGGGCCGCUGGCAGUGGGGUCCGCACUGCCAUGUGGAAGCUAGCCCUGGCACUGCUCCUCAAAGCCUUCAUCACCAUCUUCACCUUUGGCAUGAAGGUGCCGUCGGGGCUCUUCAUUCCCAGCAUGGCAGUGGGGGCCAUUGCGGGGCGACUCCUGGGGGUCGGCGUGGAGCAGCUGGCCUACUUCCACCACGACUGGGUCAUCUUCAAGGGCUGGUGCAGCCCUGGUGCCGACUGCAUCACCCCCGGCCUCUAUGCCAUGGUCGGGGCGGCCGCCUGUCUGGGUGGCGUGACCCGCAUGACAGUCUCCCUGGUGGUCAUCAUGUUCGAGCUGACGGGCGGCCUGGAGUACAUCGUGCCCCUGAUGGCCGCCGCCAUGACCAGCAAGUGGGUAGCAGACGCUAUCGGCCGGGAGGGCAUCUACGACGCCCACAUCCGCCUGAACGGUUACCCAUUCUUGGAGGCCAAGGAGGAGUUCUCCCACAAGACGCUGGCCAUGGACGUCAUGCGGCCCCGCCGCAGCGACCCACCCCUGACCGUCCUCACCCAGGACAGCAUGGCUGUGGAGGAUGCCGAAGCCCUGGUUGCAGAAACCACCUACAGCGGAUACCCAGUGGUGGUCUCCCGGGAGUCCCAGCGCCUGGUGGGCUUCGUCCUCCGCAGAGACCUCAUCAUCUCCAUCGAAACCGCCCGGAAGAAGCAGGACGGGAUUGUGAGCAGCUCCAUCAUUUACUUCACGGACCACUCCCCGCCGCUGCCCCCCAGCUCCCCCUCCAGCCUCAAGCUCCGCAACAUCCUGGACCUCAGUCCCUUCACUGUCACGGACCAGACGCCCAUGGAGAUCGUGGUGGACAUCUUCCGGAAACUGGGCCUGCGCCAGGUCCUAGUCACGCACAAUGGGAAGCUGCUGGGGAUCAUUACCAAAAAGGACGUCUUGAAGCACAUUGCACAAAUGGCCAACCAGGACCCAGACUCCAUCCUCUUCAACUGAGCGGGGCAACAAAACACAGGCCCCUCAAGGCUUGGACUCCAGAGACUCAGAAUCCGGAGCGGCCUUUACAGCGUUUUUCCAUCUGGAGCGAACGAUAAUCAUGUUUUUGUUUUUCUACAAGAUAACGGAUUGCACUACAUAAUCUGUGGGAAAUUAACCUUCUCUUUAGAAGGAAAAAAAAUAAGACUUUUAUUAUAUCAUUCUUUGGAAGUUGGAUUGGGAAAAAUAGUCCACGAAGGAGUAAAAGAAGUGGUAUAAGUUGAAUAAUUUA